AUGGAGACCACAACUCAGACACAGGCUCAACAAAGCUACUCGGCAGGUGCCGAAGUGGACAUUGCCAACCACCCGACAGCGCAAAAGCUCCUCCAGCGCUAUCAGGAUUUUUUUGCUCAAGUGGAGAAUCUAACCCCAGGCAAAGACCUCGAGACUUGUCUAAAUGCACGCUACGGCCCCGGAAAUGCCCUAUACGAAGACCUUUGCACCUUGACUCGCAAAGGGCUGCAAGAAGGAUGGGUGGCCAAUAUUGACAUUCAAGGGCGAGAUUACAGACGCUCGAAGAUUUCCUUCCCCAAGGAAGAGACACGCUUCUUCUCGAUAACAACAGUAUACAUAAACUCCCAAGACGUUUUUUCAGGGCAGUACCACUCACACCCAUAUGGCGAGAUCAACUGCGUAGUGCAGAUUGAUGAGAGUGCCGAAUUGAAGGGGAUGCAGGGGUGGCAAGGGGCAGGGUGGACAAGUCCAGGACCGGGAACGCAUCACUACCCACAGGUCCGUGGCGGUGCUUUGGUAGCAUUGUUUUUCUUGCCUGCUGGGAGGAUUAGCUAUACAGCAAAGCCAGAGGAUGCUCAACCAGUGAGCCUGUAA